AUGAAGCGCACCCUGCAUGCUGCAGACGUCCAGACAGGUGCAGGUAGACCAGGGGGCCCCCCCUCUCACCACACCCCUAUACUACCUUUUGGGGGCCCCCUUGCAUCUCUCAGCCCUUCAGGGCCCCCGGUGCCCCGGGGGCCCCUGGGGAACCAACUGUACCCUCUGGACUCUCCUGUUGUAUCGGAGGCAGAAGAAGGGGACCCUUUGGCGCAGAAGCUUUCAGGGCGAGGGGGGUUGCCCUCUUCGCCGCGGAGCGAGAGCAAUCAGGAGUACAGACUGCCCAGUUCACACCAUCCCCAUCCUCCUGCUGAAAUUAUAACUGUUGAGGACGACGAUGAUGAAUUCCCGCAUUCUCUUCCGUCUGCUUCGACUACUACUGCGAGCACCACACAGCGGCGCCAACUGAACGGCAACAGCAACAACAGCAGCAACAGCAGCAACCGCAGCAACAGCAGCAGCGGGAAGGAUGGGGGCGGCGAUGAUUCGAAGGAGGCUGCUGUUGGUAUUUCGUUGCGUCACAGCAGCAGCAGCGGCAGUAGCAGUGAGGUGUCUUCUGUCGCAUCGGGUUCGUCUGCCGGUGGCGCUGCUGCUGGAGCAGCAGCAGCAGUAGCAAUGUGCACUGCAGCUGGUCCUCAUCCUGCUGCUACUGCAGCUACUUCGAAGCCGUUUAGCGGGGCGCACAGCAAGAGCAUCUUUGUACAGGGGCGGCAGCGGCCAGAGCAACUAGAGAAGCAUUUGUCGGAUUUGCAUGCAAAGGAAGCGGUGGGAAAGGUAUCUUUGCGCAACGCGGUGUUUCCGUCUGCAGCAGCAGCAGCCGGAUUUAUGCAGGCUGUGUCGCAGCUGCCGCGGAUAACAUCUUUGACUCUAAGUGCUGCAGAGAUGCCUGCAGACCAGUUUGCUGCUUUGUGCAGCACAAUAUCCUCCUGCCGCUUUUUAAAUCACUUUGAUUGCAACGCAAUAGGCAAUAAGCCGCUGCCUCCCGCUGCGCUGCAGCAGUUGCUGCUUCAGCUUCAGCAGCUUCCCGAUUUGCGGGAGUUGAACCUCUCGGGGAACGACUUUGCUGCUGCUGCUGGUGCUCCUGCAGCUGCAGCUGCUCCUGCCGGCAGUUGCCGUGGGGAAGGACCUUUGUUAGAUGGAAUGGAGCUACUAAAAGGUCUCCUACUCAGCGGUGUUUUGUGUCUAUUGGCUCGAGAAUGCGGCUUGCGGCAGUUGCGGCAGCUGCUGCUGUGGGUCCUAAAUUCUUGCCAUUGCCUGCGGCUGCGGCAGCUUGACUUAGGGGCUUCUUCCAAGCUGCUAGGCUCCCUUGUGCCCGGAGAGACAUUUGACGAGGAGCUGCUGCGUCGGGUAUCUCGACUGUCAAAGGCAACAUGGCGAAUGGGCAAAGUGAUUGGAGACUACGCCCCAUCGUUUCGAGCUGUUAGUCUUUGGAAGCCUUACAUGGCUCAAACCUUCUGGCUGUACUGCCUACUGGACGCGAUGCUGGCAUCGACUGCAGCAGCAGGAGCAACAGCAGCUUCAGCAGCAGCGACAGAAGGGAAUUUGAAAGACGGGGGGGCGCCUAAGGCAGCAGAUGCUCCACCACAUGUCCAACAGCCUCCUGCUCUGGGUGCUCCCCAGCGCUUGCCGCUUAUUCGAGUUUGGGGAGUCCCCACAGACCAGACAGUCUCCAGCCCAUCCCCCGCCGCCUACUUCAGGUAUGGGUAUCUCGUUGCGCGCUUGGGCGAUCGUUGCCUGGUGCGCUGGAUGCAGGUGGGGCCAUUUGCUGCUGCAGUCGAAGAAGACAUCUUGACAUGCAAACAAGCUGCUGCUCCUCUUCACGCGCAGCAGCAACGCCAGCAGCAGCAACAGCGGCAACAGCAGCGGCCGCAGCAGCACCAGCAGCAGCGAGGACCAGCGGGCGGUAGAAGUUCAGCGCGCUUGGCAGGUGUGCCGAGUGCAGGGGGAAUGCAUGCAGACCCUUUAGCGGACACCUUUGGUGCUUUCGAUGCAUGCAUUGAAGCAGCAAGAGUCGAACCCGCUGUCUUCGCCUUCGCGGCGUGGCGGCAGCAGCAGCAGCAGCAGCAGGGUUCCUUGCAGCCUGGCCAAUGGGUAGAGGUUGUGAGUGGGGGGGAGGAGGCAGCGUUGCACUACAAGGUUGAGUGUUUGGGCUUGCCUCCUCGUUCCUUCUCACGGUGGUCGUCGGGGGGCUCUUUAGGGUCCGCCGAGGCUGCUGCAAUUCUUCGAGCUUCCUGCAGAACAGCUCUUGUGCAGCAGGAACAGCUGAGGCCUCUCGCGUUUCUGCUGCCGGGGGAGGCUUGGGGCUCCCAUGCGCUGCAUGCAAAAUGGGGAAAUGCGAACUGUGUUCAUCUCCCACUCGCCUACGGACUCGAUCUCAAAAGCCCCAGCUACGGGGGGCACGUGGUUUACGCCACCUCCCCUGCGACACGCAAACCCAGUGGCAACAGCAUAGGGAGCUCCAGCAGCAGCAGCAGCAGCGACAACUGCACCGGGGUGUCAGCCUGUGCGGCUGACGGCGGAGCAACGGCAGCAGGAGCAGCAGGUGGGGGUUCACGUGCACACAUUGAGUUCAAUUGUCAACAGCUGGAGUUUGCAGCAAAACAGUUGCUGCACCCGCGACAGUUGUUCUGUCGUUUUGGUUUGGAAGGCCCGGAGGUAGAGGGGGGCCCUGCAGAGAAUUUCUCUCCUCUAGGGGUCAGUCGUUCUCCUCCUCUUCUGUUGUCGCCUUCGGUCUUGGAAGGAGAGAGAGGAGAGAAUACGGCUCGCCUGCACAUUGCUGGGGCCGCAAGCAGCAGCGGCAGCAGGAGCAGCACGUCCUCACCGUCCCAAGGGGGAACCGUUUCUCCUUGUGGCCGCAGUCGUUUGAGGGGAUCCUCAGAGGAGGCGACCGAAAAGGGUUGUAAGGCUGCGAAGCAGGCAGCUGCUAAGGGCAGCAACAAAACAAACGACAAGAUAACACCAGCAGCACCAGCAGCACCAGCAGCACCUGUUGCUGCUGCUUGUGCUGUUGGUGCUGCUGCUGCUCCCGGUUCGAUGUCUCCUAGGCCAGGCUGGGCUUCACCUAAGGUGCGCAAGCGGCUGCUGCUACAUCCCCCUUCUGAAGAUGAGAAGCACUUGGGGGAAUUUGCUGCAUAUAAUUUGCUGCUGCCGCAAAACGAUAUCGUAUAUGGCAUCCCACCUCGAAAGAAACAACAAAAAUUCAGCAGCAACGCCCAGCAAAAAGUUGUUGCUGCAGCAGUGGCAGCUCCUGAUAUGCUGCUCCAGCCAACAAGGGGUAUCUGCAAACGAAUUCCCCCUGAGGCGUCGGUGGUGGUGGAACUAUCUGAUGAAGAGCAGCAGCAGCAACAGCAACAACGACAACCCCACCAGCAACAACCGCAGCAGGAACAGCAGCAGCAGCACCUGCAGCAGGAACCGCAGAUGCACCCGCAGCUGCAGCUACAUCACCAGCAGGUACAGCAGCAACAGGAGCGACAGCAGGAGCUGCAGCAGCAGGAUGAGCCAGGGGGCAGCAAAUCCACUGCAUCGGCAAUAGCGGAGAAGGGGGAGGAGGAGACGGUGAACGAAGGCGAGUAUGGAAGAGGAGGAAUUGAUGCCAUUCUCAACAACUCACCGCAGCAGCAAACUGCUGCUACAGCAGAGGCGUCCAUAGAUACAGCCUUGUGGCAGUCAGAGCGCCUCUGUCUACGGUGUCGCAUGCCCAUAGCCACUCGCCGACAAGCGGAUGCAUUUGCAGCACCACCAGCAGCACCCGCUGCUGCUGCUGCUGCAAAUGAACCAGCGGCUUCUACAGAUGCAGCAGUAGCAGGUGAAGCAGCAUCAGCAUCAGCUGCUGCUGCUGUAGCGGCUACUGCAGCGCCUAUGGCAGCAGCAGCUACGAGUGUUCCUUCGUGGUUAGAGAGGGGUUCUCGUGCUGUUGGAGUGCGCAGGCGCUUCCGCGCAUAUGCUCGUCGGAUAGCAGCAGAGGGGAAAAGAAGAGAAGUGCAAGGAAUCAAGAGACUCCUUCACGACCUCCAGCUGCCUAUACCACCACUCCUUCAAGAUUGCAACGCCUGCAGCAGCAGCAGUAGCAGAAGCAGCAGUAGUAGUAGCAGCAGCAGUAGCAACUGCAGCAGCAAGUGCAACAGCAGUAGCAGUAGCAACUGCAGCAGCAGCAGCAGUAGCUACUGCAGUAGCAGCGGCAACUGCAACAGCAGCAGCAACUGCAGCAGCAGCAGCAGCUGCAGCAACAGCACCAGCAGCAGCAGCAACAGCAGCAGCAGCAGUAGCAGCACCAUAACGGACAGCAAGCAAGACGACGACCUGCAGCAAGAAGCCUUUCGGCGUUGCGUGCAGGUCGUCGGCGGAGUCGCUGUCCCAGCGGCCGCUGGAGAGGGACAAAAGAACUCCCGUCGCAGCAGCAGCAAUUGCACUAGCAGCGACAGCAGCAGCAAUAGCAGCACCAGCAGCAAUACCACCACCAGCAGCAGUAAUAGCAGCAGUGGAACAGGAGUUGCUGGUGUUAGGAGCGCUGCUGCUGAAGAGAGCAGCAGCAACAGCAGCUAUACGGCGGAAGAGCACAGUGAUCAUUGUUAUGUAGAGCAGGCGUGGUGCUGCUGCAGCAGCGGGAGCAGCAAUUGCUUCUGUAGCAGCAGCACCUGCUGCUGUUGCUGCUGCAACCGCAUUCGUUUCUGUAGCGCGGAAUAUCACUCCCCCCAAGGCCCUGUUGAAUCUCCUUGUGGAGCUGCUGCAGAAGCAGCAGCUCCUGCAACAGCAGCAUCUCCUGCUGGAGCAGAGCUGCAGCUAAGUGCUGAGGAGUGGGCACAUGUGACUACUGCCUUGGGGCUGCUUUCGCGCCGCGGCAUUGUUGGUUUAAUUGCUCUAGAGACUUCUUCUUCAUCCUUUCCUCCUCCUCCUCCCCUUUCUCCCUCUUCGUGUUCUUUUUCUCCUUCAUCUUAUGCUCAUCUCCGUCUGCUGCCACUGCCGGUGCCCUGCGUACUGGCUGGAGGGCAGCAGUGCAGUGGGCUAGGCGCAGCGCAUUCGGCGGAAGCCCCAGGGGCUCAUGCAGCCCCAAAGGUGGCAGAAGCUGUUUUAGAUGGGGAGGAGGCGCUGGAGGAGGUGCGGCGGGUCUUAGAAAGGCGCAGCAAAGAGCAGCCCUUCUGGAGCUUAGGUUUGUUGGGGGUAGGAGACGGCAACAAUCAGGAGGGAGGAGACAGAGAAGCAACUGCAGCAGAGGGAGAGGAUGUGUUGUGUUCAAAGUGUUUAGGAGAGGGUUGGGUCUCUGAGGUAUCUCUCCCCCGUCUUCUUAGCAUUUACAGAAGAGAGCAUAUAAACACCACCUGCAGUGCGCCUGCGUGCAGCAGCUCAGGAGGGCGUUGCAGCUGCAGGGGUGCAGCAGCAGCAGCAAAGCGGAGACGCCCGGGAGCAGCAGCAAAGCCGCAAGUGUUUGGCUGGAGCAGGCAUAGCGCUUUUCAUGGCAUUGCUGCUGCUGCCCAUGCAUGCAACAUCACACAAGAUGACGCUGAACAAACAUACAGCGAAUAUGCAUGCAUGCAGGUCGAACAACACCUGCACUAA